AACAACAAUGGCUCGUACCAAGCAAACCGCUCGUAAAUCCACCGGAGGAAAGGCUCCAAGAAAGCAGUUGGCCACCAAGGCCGCCCGCAAAUCGGCUCCAACCACCGGAGGAGUCAAGAAGCCACAUCGUUACCGUCCAGGAACUGUCGCUCUCCGUGAGAUUCGUCGUUACCAGAAGUCGACUGAGCUUCUCAUCCGCAAGCUUCCUUUCCAACGUCUCGUUCGUGAGAUUGCCCAGGACUUCAAGACUGAUCUCCGCUUCCAGUCGGCUGCCAUCGGAGCUCUCCAGGAGGCAUCUGAAGCAUACCUCGUCGGACUCUUCGAGGACACCAACCUGUGCGCCAUCCACGCCAAGCGCGUCACCAUCAUGCCAAAGGACAUGCAACUCGCCAGACGCAUCCGCGGAGAACGUGCUUAAGCUCCAUCACCAAUUCUCGAAGCACUUUUAAUAUUCAUUUAAUCCAACUUGUACCAUAAUCCUCGUAUUUUUCCAUCCCGAAAAUUGAUUUUUGCGAUCGAACCGCCGAUCUCAUCACCACUUUUCUCUCCGUUCUUUAUGUCUUAUUUUAUUCGUAAAUUGCUGAAUUUCAUGUUGAACUCCAACAAAAAAAAAUAAAGUUUCGUGUGCUUC